AUGGAUGGCAAGCCCUGGGUGAUUAUAGGCGCCUCUCGAGGAAUCGGCCUGGAGUUUGUCAAGCAGCUGCUAGAAUCCGGUCAGCCAGUGAUCGCCGCGGUGCGCAAUGUGUCAGCCGCUCCAAAACUAUUCGACUUGAUUGCCUCGCAAGGAGCUCAAGACCGAUGCAUCGUCGAGCAAUGCGACGUCUCGAGCGAUGAAAGCAUCACCGACUUUAUCCACAAAAUGCAGCAACAUGUGAAUAAAGGCAUCCAGCUGGGGAAUGUCGUCCUGAACGCGGGCGUCUUGAAGUAUCCCAACCGAGCAACCGAGAUCUCGUUUGCAGACUUUGCGCUUCAUUUGCAUACCAACACCAUCGGGCCCAUCAUCUGUGCACAAAAACUGCUUGACCUGAGUCCUGAUUCUCCGCCCCCCAAGAUGGUCUUCAUCUCGUCCGACUCGGGGUCAACAGCCCGCUUCUUGGAAUUUGAGGACGGGUUCGGAGCCUACGCUGCGAGCAAGAGCGCGCUGAACCAAAUGCUGCGACACAUGGCGGCCGAGUUGAGACGAUGCCAGCAGAAGAAGCGCGAAACAGUCAUUUUGGCUCUUCAUCCCGGAGAAGUAGAAACGUGA